AUGAAGCUCAUUGUAGCUGGUGCAACCGGUCUGGUGGGCUCGGAGAUCAUUAGGCAAUGCCUGCAAAUCAACGAGAUCACACAGGUUAUCGCACUAGCUCGGAAGCCCGUCCAAGUUGAAGAAGGAACAGACCCGACGUCGAAGCUUAAGAGUGUCGUCAUUCGAGACUACGGGGAGUAUUCUGCUGAUGUGAAGGCUGAGUUCGCCGGGGCGGACGCCUGCAUAUGGACGGUCGCUGUGACACCAUUCAGAACAAGCAGCUUUGACUUUGCUGAGGUCAAGCGCGUGUGUCAAGACUGCACUCUCGCGGGAUUCAAGGCCAUGUACGAGGCCGGUCCCGCGAAACCCUUCCGUUUCAUCUACUUCAGUGCCGAUGGUACACCCAGAGAUCCGACCAAAAGGCCAGCCAUCAUGGGUGACUAUCAAGUCAUGCGCUGCGAAACAGAGCUCAUGGUUAUCAAGCUUCCCGAAGAGUACCCGGGGGUCGAGAUCUGUAUCGCUCAACCCGGAGUAGUGGUCAAUUCCACUACUUUUGGGAGAUCUGUACUGGCCUCGGUGUUCCAUGUCCUUAACGCUUUCACGCGCGCAAUCCCAAAUAUUGAUCGGCAGGAGCUUUCGGCAGCAGUCCUAGACUUGGCUGUGAAGGGAUUCGAUCAGGAAACGGUUAAGAAUAACGACCUGGUUCGUCGUGGACAGGCAGUGCUGAAAUAG